GGGUGUCGCUGAUGUCCAAACUGUUGAAGCGAACGGCCGUCAUUCUGAGUGGGUGUCAAGAGGAUUGGAGAUAUGCAUAUUGUUUAAUUUUUUAUCAGCUUGUCGUAAUUUUUAAACUUUAUUAUAGUGAGGAGAAACACUUUCAGUUUAUAAAUCCACAUGUGUCGUUAAUGUAAGUAAAUAACGGUAAAGGGAUGCUGAAGACAGCUGUUAUCACCAGGGGAGCUCACGUUCAGGACAACAAAUAGCAGUCUGUCUACAAGCGAGCCUUUUGUGAGCUCCACAAGACACGAAUCUUCGCUCACCACCAAAAACGGGAUGUAAAUGAAGAGAGAUCCUCAUGUGCUGCAUUAAGGUAACGCUAAUUUUAUUCUUCUGCUAUAAAAGGCGCAUUAGCUUUGCAAAAGCUUUGUUAGCCCUUUAACGUCAGCUAGCUACUAGUGGCUAACUGAGUGUUUGGCUAGUAUGAUAGCAUCGUACUAAACAAGAGAUAAACUCUAGACCCCUUCAUACACAGGAGUUCUUUAGGUUACUCUGGGUUAGCUGGGAAAAGGGCAAUAAAACGAAGAGAAAUCCAGCCAUUAUCUAGAUGUUUUGUCUGAUAUUGCUGUCGCCUACACGUUUCCAUGGAAACUUUUUAAUAAAGUGUAAUGGACACACUUGUCUCUAAACUAUAGGUCCAAAUUACACACAGCAUCCUCACAUAUAAGUCAACCUUAAGUCAUUUAAAAGAGAGAUGGAAACAACUACUCUUUAAAUAGAUAAAGAUAUGAGUGGAUGGAGGUGAAACUGGAUGAUAUAACACAAAUGCAUCACAAAAAGUUUACACAAAACCAUCUCCAUGUUUUAACUAAUCUUUACAAUCUGGCAACCAAUUCAGUUUCCAGGCACCAAUGUAAAAUGUAUGUGAAAAUGUAUCCCUACAUAAUUGUCAAGGUGCCUUGUGUUUAUUUUGUAUUAUGGUAUUUGAAUAUGUGGUUUGUUUACACUCAAGUCCAGUUUUCCAGGUUUUCUUUGACCUUACAGUUUCAGAUUACAUGCUGGAUCAGUCUUGAAUUGAGUUCUCCCACUGUGCAUUACUAUACCUGUGCUAAAUAUCCUUCUGCCACCCGGACUUUGAUGUGUACAUACAACUGUUUAUUUUUUGGCUCCUAAAAAACAAAGACAACAAUCACAAUGAGAACCACUUGCAUAACCUGUUCUUCUUCUUGACAGCUGUCCAAGGCCCAGCUCCCAGUAACCUUUUAUUUAGUUAAGAAACUUGCUUAUAGUCUUUGAGACAUCUUGUUCCAGUCCCGGGAGGGUGGGGCUGGAGGCAAGGUCUCACCUCCUAGCACAAACGUCACACCAGAAGAAGAGACGUCCCCCUCACCCCACCAGACCCUCAGCAGGCCAACUGUAGUGCUAUUAUAGUUCAAGCAAAGGCUAAUUGUUGUUCACUUACAAAGGAUCGCACAGUCUAAUUCUUUGGACGGUUAUGCUGUAUCUAUUACUGUAAGCGAUAUUACAGAGCAAGAUGUCCCUCUAUGCAUUUUUUUAUCUUGGUGAAUUGUGAGUCAGAGUUGGCUUGAUGACUGCUAUCUGGGAAGUUUUUGAAAGAAACUGUGAAGUGGUUUCAGCUUUUUGUCUCAACUCUUUUUGUCUGCAGAGAAGAAGAUGACACUGCUGGUGGUUUUUGCGCUCUUUUCCCUGUGCUGCUGGGGCUCUUUCUACUUCAUCUUGUGUAUUUUUAACGGGAGCAGAAGCUAUGAGUGGAACUGUCGCCUGGUCACACUGGUGCAUGGCAUCCUGGCAUGCUGCAUCACAUCAUACAUAGGCUAUGUUGACGGACCCUGGCCUUUCACCCAUCCAGGUAGGCGGUUACCAGUGCAUACUACUUCGUCUUAUAUAAAUACUUUUAAGUAAAAUUGUUAAGUGCUGCAGCCAACAAGUAUUUGCUUAUUUUGCUUAUCAAAUUAUUUAUACAGAAAGUCAUUUUUAGUAUAAUUAAUGUUUAUUAUGGUCUAUAUUUAAGCUUCACAUUGUCUAUAAGCUCUACAUCGCAUUGACAAAAAUAUUGACUGAUCCCCGUUGACAGCAAACUGUCAGCAGGGAUCAGUGUCUUGCUGUGUGUGAAUAAGCCCACAACUCUGUAAUGAAUAAAUUUAUGGUCACGAUAUUCGCUCGCUUUAUUAUGUGAUUUUUCAAAAAAUGUUCUUUGCUUGUCUUGUUGCAAAAUAAAUAUUUCAAUUAAUCUGUUAUGCUUUUCUGUCUUUGGAUGCUAGGUACCAAGAACACUCCCCUGCAAAUGGGUGCCCUGCUGGUGAGCCUAGGCUACUUUUUUUUUGAUAUGGCUUGGUGCAUCUACUUCCGCACAGAGGGGCCAGUUAUGCUGGCCCACCACACCAUGAGCAUCCUGGGAAUCCUUCUGACCCUGUGGCUGGGGGAGUCCGGCAUUGAAGGCUGCGCUGUACUCUUUGGCAGCGAAAUCACCAACCCCCUGCUGCAAACACGCUGGUUCCUCAAACAGACGGGACAUUACAGGACAGUGCUAGGAGACGUUGUGGACAUCUCCUUCGUGUCGCUGUUUGUGUUGAUGCGAAUCUUUGUGGGAGGCACAAUGCUGUACUGUGAGCUGAUCUCCCCUAGACCAAGAUUCUUUAUCAAGUGUGGGGGCGUGGCUAUGUACGCUCUGUCCUGGGUGUUCAUGGUGGACAUUGUUCGAUUUGCAGUUCGGAAGAGCAAAAGCUGGCACAAAGAGCAGAAGGACCAGCGAGAGACAGUGGCAGCUAAUGGUUAUGAAUUAAAGAAGGACUGAUAGUUUUGUGUUACUUUGAAGUAAACUGAUUUAUAUUUAGUUUGAGCUUUUCAAUUUGGACACUUUAGGGAUAAUACAAAAAAUACAUUUUUUUAUCUCUAAGUUCAACUAAAAUCAGAAAGGGAUGUUUAAUGGUAAUGGUUGUGUAUGUAAAGAAAUCAUCUGUGACCUCUGUCUGUGUAUUUUUAACACUAAUUUUAUAGCCAUUAAUGCAGAUGAUCACAUGAUAGAUUUAUGUGUUAAAUGUGCAAAAAUUAACACAAUAGAACAUUGAAGUUAAUGUCACUGGAAGCCAAAGCACUUUCUAUAAACAUGUGGACAAGUGUUACUUAAGUAACAGUGACCUCUAGCCUACUUUUUAAUGUGUUGCUAAAAGGGAAAGUCAAGUGUAAGUAGAGGGACAGUUUACAUGUAACACCCAUGGUGCUUGUGAAACACUUCUGGUCAUAUCACAAAGGAUUGUGUUGAUGAGAUUCUUAAACUUUGAGCAGAUGUGAAAGGUGUUCUCAGGGAGAUGAAGUCAUACCAGAAAGAUUAAGUGAGAUUCAGAAAUAUGUGUGAGAUUUGUUGGAUUUAUUGAUUAAUAGUAAGCCUUUUUAGUGUUUAACUGCUGUUUAAAUAUUUAUUUUAAGACAAAGCAUAAUUUCUACUCCACCUAAGAAAGGAAUCUGUCAUAGAGGUAGAUCUACACUGGAAAGACUGUUUUUCACAGCCUGCUUGGAAUAUUUAAGAAAGAAGAGCCUUAACACAAAUGAGAAAGGUCCAAACAUCUCGGGCUGAGUAAUAGUUAAAUAAAAUUAUAUCUACAUAGAGUUUAUUUAUUUAUUGGAAAUUUCUUUUCACUAGUUUCAAUUUUUUUGGAUUACAUGUUUAAUGCCCUCAUUUCAUUUCAGUGUUUGUAAUAUUUUAAUGACAUUUGCCAAUUUUUUGCUCAUGAUAGGGAAAUUUCAUAAAAAUAUUGUGAUAUUUCAACCAUGGUCCAAAAAGAACACACUAUUCAGUAUAUAUUAAAUAAAGGGGAGGAUGACUCGUAAUGGAGGGCUUGUACAAAGACUCAGCUGACUCCAUGACUGGAUUAGCUAUGUCAAGAAACACCCAACUACCAGCUUUCAUCUUUGUGUUCAGGUUUUAUAUUGGUGUUCAUAUUAUGAACACGUUUUGUGAAUAUGUUGUUUUAUUGAAUACAGAUACCUGCAGUCAGAACACUAUCAUCCCCCUUUUUGCUACUAAACAUUAUACUGAAGGUUGAUGUGCUGCUCUGAUAUAAAGGUCUGUUUACUUGCACAACUAUUAUGUCCAAGAAAGUAAAAACUCUAACUGGUGUGUGCCUUGGUUUUUUGAAUGUACUUUGCUAAGAUUUUCUUUGUUUUCUUGUCUUGUGCUGUACUGUAACCCAUAAACAUCCAUGUAGAAUUAAUGAAGAGCCCCUUCCAGUCUGGGUUGCUUUUGUAAUGUCUGUGUGAAGAGAAUUAAAGAUGUGAUUGGUUAUUUUUAUGCAAAUGAACUAUUUUUUGGACAACAUAUCAACUUAAUGUCUAAAUGUAAAAUCAACCCCAGGAUGGGCUGUGUUUUUGUCAUGCAUUGCUAUGACACAGAAACAGAUGUUCACUGCGAAUGCACUGCGGCUGCAGCUACCUACUCUGUCCACAUGAUGGUGUUGUGUCACUUGUAAAUGAACGACUAGAGACGAAACAGUAGUUUGGGAAAGCUGCUAUACUGACACCAGAGCCACAAUGGAAAAAAAUACCUGCAAAAGCUGCAAGUUUAACUUAUGGAUGAACCUGAAGGAUAAAUUAAAAUUAGAAUAUGUUGUUUUGUAUAACAUUAAAGGAAGUCCAUUGUGUACAGUAUGCACUGUAUGGUAGUGUAGUACAAUAUUUUGGGAUUUUCUACAAGUACAUGUGUAAAUUUUGUGUGGGUACAAAAGCAACAGCUACUUACUUUUACAAAGUUUUGACAAACUCAAAUAAACUGUGCCAAGAAUAAAGUACAAGAAAAAAUCUAUUUGUCUCACACCACUUUCUAUAGCUUAGUUUGUUAUAUUGUGAUCUUCUGUGCAUCUUCUUCUCUGAGUUUGUCUGACAUACAAAACAGUGUACGCUACUUGAAAAGUAAACACUCUGAGGACUUUUAAAGGAAUCAAUAAAUAUUGACUGCACUGAUUGAGCUG